AACAAUAUUUUCCGUGAAUUGAGGAUUCUUGAGAGAGAGCCUAAAAAUAGCAGAAAUACAGGACGAACCAUUUCUGCAACUCAUUUUUAUUAUUUCUCCAAAGCUCAAGCGCUCUCUCUGCUACAGCCUACACACACAGGAUGGAAACUCCUUUCAGACCAAGAGAAAAGCUCUUUGAGAAGCAAAAAAUGUUUCAGAGUGUUAACAAAUUUGUUUAUCUUAAAGCCCCUGGGGAUAAAAUUACCUCUGUUGCCAUUCCUGGUUUCUUAGCAGCUUCCUGUCUCAUCAUGAUUGGAAGGGGUAUCUAUAACAUGUCCCAUGGGAUCGGAAAGAAAGAAUGAUUUAUUUCUGAUGCGUUGAAGAUGACAUUUCGAAGAAAUUUUAGCUUUUUGGCCACAUGACCAUAAAAAGUUUGAGGUCUUUUGCUGUUCAAUAAUCAUUGCCUAGUUUCAUUCAUAUCGCCAUCUAGGUAUAUGGCUUCCAUACUUAACAAUGUGGCACUAGCCUGUUUUUACUGUUUUCGCUAUUGCUUAGAAUCAUGGCGGAGUGUGAAGAGCACAGUUUACCUGUUGACAUUUUUUUGA